AUUUGAUACAGCAGUGGAUGGAGGACGGUGGACAUUUUUUCAGAGAGUUGUCAAUGCAAAGCAAAAUGAACAUCAUCCUUCAUUUGAUUGCACUGCUGCUGCUGAUUAUCAGAAGUAAUGCAGCCAUCUACAAAUCACAAGGACACCGGUACUGUUCUCCUCUGGUGAACACAAGCUACUGCACAAAUUCCUCCAGUUACCUGGACUGCCAUGAACUCCCUUGCAAAGCCUAUUCCUGCAUCUCUCAGAGUCCCGGAUGCUCCUGCAUGAUCGGAUCCUACAACUGCAGCAGCAACUGCAACUAUGAAGCUCCUCCAAAUUUCUGUAGUUGCAAUGCAGAUACUUGCCUCUGCCUGAAUGGUGUGUAAAGUACUGUCCUCAAAUGCUGCCCUUGUGUGUCAUAUGCGUUUUUAUUCAUGAUUGAUCCCAAUUCUUCCCUUCCAGAUAUGAUGAAUACUUCAAACAGUGCAAGUGGGAAUGUGGGAAUGAGUUUCUACAAGAUGAUUGUUACUCUAUUAAUGUUAUAAAAUCAUUAUUAAAAAGUAACAAUUUCUCUUUCAUUCUGUUUUUAUUUUAUUCUUUUUUUUUAUUCCCCUGGAGCAGCUCACUGCAAAAGAUAUUAUGAAUUUUGUUGACCAGAUCGCAAAUAUGGCAGGUCUGAUGUCUACUGAAGCGGCAGAAAACUUUUUGAAGAUUUUUGAUGCCACCCAGGUAAAGGUUUCAGAGUUGGUCAGCGCUGAAGAUAAAAGUAACUUGGUGUCAUAUGGAAACAUUUAUCUGAAGGUCUCUGAGAGCCUGGUGUCUGCACUGGUGACGCCAACAGAAACUGAAAACUGGCUGAAUAUUAGUCUCACCAAUACAGAGGGUCGAAUCUUCAUGGUUGGACCUCGGGUCACCUUAGAUAAAAUCCCUCGACUCGACACGAAAAAUUCUUCUGUGGACAUCGAUCUCAUUGGGAUCGCCAGGAACAACACUGAAAGAUCAGCUGCUGUGGCUUUCAUGAGCUACAACAUGAUGGAGAAUCUACUGAAGCCAGACUUCUUCAACAAAUCCAAUGACACGAUUAAAACCAUGAUGUCCACUGUGAUCUCAGCUACUCUUCCCAAAACCACCAACACUAAACUAACUAAACCAGUCAACUUCACCCUCAGACACAUCAGAGAGUUUGAUCCCAGCGGUUCUCUUUUCUGUGUGUACUGGAAUAUCAGCGAGUGGAUUGUAGAUGGUUGUUCUGCUUUAAAGUCCAACAGCAGCCACACUGUGUGUUCCUGUGAACAUCUGUCCACAUUCGCUCUAAUCAUGCAAACCAGCCGUCAGUCAGAGAGCGACUCACUAAUGGAGCUGUUGGAUUUGGUGUGUGUGUCCGUGGGGCUGGUGUUCUUCACUUUGGCCCUGUUGACCUUUGCCCUUUGUCAGUGGAGUCCUGGAGUGAAUAAUGUGGCUCGAAUCAACAUCUGCAUCAGUCUUCUGUUGGCUCACCUUCUGUUUCUGCUCACACAGCAGUUCCUGAGCCUCAUACGUCCUCUGCAGGUGUUGUGUGCUGUGAUCUCAGGACUUCUGCACUUCCUCUUUCUCUCCGGCUUUGUGUGGAUGUUCAUUGAAGCUGUGCUGCUCUUCAUUUGUGUGAAGAACCUUUCACAGAUCAGCUCCAGAAAGAGGGAGGUGCUUAGCAGUGGAUUCCUGUGUGUGAUUGGAUAUCUGGUUGCUCUGGUUGUGGUGUGUGUUUCUAUGGGUCUGGUUCCUGAAGGCUAUGGCAGUGAAGACUGCUGGCUUAAACAUGAUAAAGGUUUUAUCUGGAGUUUUCUAGGUCCUAUUUGUUUCAUACUGGGAUUAAACACAGUUCUCUUCGUCAUGAUUGUCAUCACUCUGAACUCAACUCUCAAAAAACUGAAUGCUGAAGUUUCACAGAUGAAACAAACCAAGAUCAUGGUGUUUAAAACACUGGCUCAGUGUGUAGUUCUUGGUUGCCCCUGGAUUCUGGGUUUCUUCACUAAUGGCAGUAAGGUGCUGGAGAUCAUCUUCCUGAUCUUGAACUCCCAGCAGGGAACCUUCAUCUUCCUGAUCUACUGUGUCCUCAAUAAUGAGGUCAGGCAGCAGUACAGGAAGUUAGUCAGAUGUCUUUGCAGUGGACCCAAACAACUCUGAGGACUACAGAAUCAUGUCUAGAUAUUGCUGAAGUGCCAUUAUUAUGCAUUUGAUGUAAUUCUAAAAUGUACAGUUUAGUAAUCUGGGUUUUGACCAAGUCAGGACUACUUCUGUAAAUCCUUAACAAUUUUUAAGGAUGUAUAAAUCUUAAUGAAUUACCCCAGAUCACCUUUCUUGAUAUUACAGUUUUAAACACUUAUAUGUUCUACAUCAGUACUUAUUUUUAAAAACACAAGAUUGUCUUGGUGGUGGGAGUCAAGCAUAUUUUGACAGCAUCCAUAAAAGGUUCUGAUAAAUGCCGGCAAAUUAAAAUGCCCUCCUGAAAACUAUUUCAUGUGUGCAUGGAGAACGGAAAAAAACAUGACUUUACACUUUACAGUUUAAGUACAAUUUUUAAAUUUUAAAUAUAUAAAGGCUUGUGUCAAAUAGUUAAUACAUUUAUUAAUCUUGAACACUUAAUUUUGUUUGUGGUCAGAAUAUAAAUAUUAUCUUUGUUAGCCUACCUUUGUAUAUAUUCAUAUGGCUAAAUUUAUUUUCAGAAUGGAGUGUCACAGCUUUAUAGUUGUAGUGGGUUUACCUUCAUAAAUCUAUUAAAGUAAGGGAACAGCUGAUGUGUCAA